UGUUAUUUUUAUUCAAUACUUUAUAGUAAAACUAAAUCAUCAAGAAGAGAAAUAUCAUUGAAAACUGAGCUGAAAAUUGAGUUUUUUUUUAAAAAAAACAAAGAAAAAAUGGAGCUUUGAAACACUUAAAGAUUGUAACUUUUUUUGGUUCAAUGGAGUGUUUUUCUUCACUAGGGUGGUUUUGUAUAUCUAACCCUUCUUUUAUUGGACUGAAAAGUAAGAAGAAGUAUAGUUUGAGUAGAAAAUGUAGAAGCUUUAACGAAGUUGGGAGUAAGUGUGUGAGUAUGAGCUAUACAGAAAAUGAAAGCUCUGGUGUUUCUUACAAGAAGUUGAUUCAUUUUGCUUUAGAAGAAACAAAUACACAUACCCUUUUGUCCCCUUCUCCAUUGCAGGAGAAAUACAGUUCUUUGUUGUCCAUGGAUGACAAAACGGAGCUACAGAUGCUUUCUUUUGAAGCCCAUAAAAUUCGACUCCUUCGCAGUCUAUGUAUUGAAGGGAGCGACGGCAUGCAGGUAUUGGAUUUUGCUGCAUUCCCGAAACCGGAAUUUGAUCUGCCUAUCUUCUGUGCCAACUUUUUCACUACUGCUAAGAUGAACAUAAUUGUACUGGACCUCAACCCAUUGCACGACAUCAUGGAUCAAGAAGAUUACAAGGAGAAGUACUAUAAAGACUUGAUUACUCUAGGCCUCAAGUAUUCUAAGCUUUUACCCUGGGGAGGGAAGCUCACCAGCGAAUCUCUGAGAUUUUUUUCACCAAUAGUCAUAUGGACAAGAUUCUCAUCUAGUCCACACAACCAUUCAGUUUUGUUUUCUGCUUUCAAGGAUUAUUACCAGGCAUGGCUUGGGCUAAUGGACAGAUCAGAAGGGGAGACGGACGCUUCUCAAAUCGCUUGCAAUUGCGAAGCUCAGCAUAGAUAUUUGACAUGGAGAUCAGAAAAGUUUCUGUUUGUCUUCCCCUCUUUGCGAUUAUGCUUCUUGAUCUCUCCGAUGAUACGAAAUGCUGUUAUACUAGGAUCCAGGACAUGGAGUUUUGAAAAGACUGAUAGGGGAAGAUCUUGCCAAGGAUGUCAUUACGAAAUUUCUAUUCAAUGGUGUUAAUGAACUUGGGAACAAAACAUUUCUUGAUUACUUUCCAGAGUACAGAUGUGAAGAUGGUAAAGUAAACGAAAAGCGCAGUAUGAUUGGCAAAUCAUUCGAAAAUCGACCAUGGAAUGCAAGAGGAGAAUUCAUAGGCGAUAGAGUUGAGAUUGUCUGAUGUAAUAUCUACCUCGUCUCUGUUAAUUAGCCGAUCCCAACUCGUUUGGGAUUGAGUAGUAGUAGCUGCUGUUGUUUUAGUUUAUUGUAGUAGUCGUAACCGUCUCUGUCAAUGUCAAUCUUUUGACAGUUUGAUGCAGGAGAAGAAUUCAUAGGUGAUAGUGUUGAAUCAAUAACGAAAGUGGGGUCUGGGGAGAGUGUUGUGUACGUAGAGUAGCAGUCUCGCGGACCGUACCCUACCUUGUGAAGGUAGAGAGACUGUUUCGGAUACCGAAUGUAAUCUGUUGUAACUUUCACAUGUUCUCUUUAUUCUUGUUUAUUCAAUCUCAGUCAAUGUAAAUAGUUCAUCACAUCCCCUAAUUACUUUUUUUAUUACCACUGUAGGCAUUGAUAGUGGCAAUUACCAUAUUAUUAAGAAAAAAUUACUGAAA